UGCCAGAACUGCGGAGUGACUGUAACACCACUUUGGCGUAGAUCUGCUGACAACGAGCCGCUCUGUAAUGCAUGUGGGCUAUACCAUAAAUUGCAUGCCAUCCAUCGACCCAAGCAUCUUCAACAGACGCAACCAGGACUCAGUGGAGGUAUCAAAGCUGCAGGUAUUCAGCCGAUAUGUACCAACUGCAAAACGACAUUGACACCACUCUGGCGCAAGGAUGACGCGGGCGAAAUCCUUUGCAAUGCGUGUGGUCUAUACUAUAAACUCCAUCAUGUCCACCGACCCAUAUCUUUGAAGCGCAAUGUCAUUCGUCGUCGAUCACGC